AUGACCACCCUUUUCCUUCUCACCAAUCUUUUCCAAUCGACCGUCAUUGCAAACGCCUCGAGCAAUGAAACUGAUCGAUUCGCGCUGCUCAACCUCAAGGAAUCCAUAGUCAGUGACCCACAAGGGUUGUUGAACUCAUGGAACGAAUCCAUUCACUUCUGCAAAUGGCAAGGAAUUAAUUGCAGCAGACGACAUCAAAGAGUAACAGCCUUGAACCUACCAGCUGCUGAGUUGCAUGGAACUAUAUCGCCAUACAUUGGCAACCUCUCCUUCCUCAGGUUCAUCAACCUUGGAAGUAACAACUUCUCUGGCAAGAUUCCGCAACAAGUUGAUCAUUUGUUCCGACUGCAAUAUCUAAAUCUCAGUGCCAACAUGUUGGAGGGGGGAAUUCCAUUAAACCUGACCUUUUGUCCGGAACUGAGAGUACUAAGUAUUGGACAAAACCGCCUUACCGGCAAGAUUCCUUCAGAGAUUGUCUCGUUGACGAAGCUUGUGCAUUUUAACGUUGACAGAAACAAUUUGACAGGAGGCAUCCCACCUUUCUUGGGAAAUCUUUCAUCAAUCGGAAGACUUUCAUUGGGAGGGAACCCAUUAGGGGGCACAGUUCCUGAGGAAAUAGGACGACUGAGAAACCUCUGGUUUUUUAGUAUUAAUUCCGGUAAUCUCACUGGUAUGAUCCCUCCCUCCCUUUUUAACAUGUCAUCUCUGGAAGUCAUUUCAUAUACGUUUAAUGAGUUUAAGGGCAGUAUUCCGCCUGAUAUAGGCCUAAACAUGCCUAAUCUCCAAGAAGUGUACCUCGCCGGAAAUGAUUUCUCUGGAGAAAUCCCAGCUUCAUUUUCCAAUGCUUCUCAACUUAAAAAGUUUGAUAUCUGGGACAAUAUGUUUGUAGGGGAUGUUCCCACAAGUUUUGGAAAUCUUCCUAAUCUCCAUUGGCUCAACCUCGGUUUCAAUCAUCUAGGAAGUAAUUCAUAUAAUGAUUUGGACUUCAUAACAUCCCUGACCAAUUGCAGCAGUCUGAAGAUGCUUUCUUUGAGUGUCAACAAAUUUGGAGGUGUUUUACCCAACUCCAUAGCCAAUUUCUCAACCAAUCUUUCUCAACUUUACCUUGAGAGCAAUCAAAUAGGGGGAACAAUUCCUGAGACAUUAGGGAAUCUCAACAAUUUAAUAGCCUUUGCCCUGGAUGUUAAUCUGUUCACAGGUAUCAUUCCAGCUUCUUUUGGGAAGUUACAAAAGCUGCAAUUAUUAUCUUUAUCUGCAAAUAGAUUAUCAGGACGAAUCCCUUCUUCCCUAGGAAACCUCACCCAACUGUUUGAAUUCAACGUAUCACAAAAUGAGUUAGAAGGAAGCAUUCCUCCAAAUAUUGGUAACUGCCAACUUCUGCAGGAGAUGGAUUUAUCAGACAAUAAGCUUAGUGGAGAUAUACCAUCACAGGUCAUUGGUCUGUCCACACUUAACUAUCUCAACUGGUCACAUAACUCACUAACCGGCAGUCUGCCUGUGGAAGUGGGUAAGCUGAAAAGUGCCAGUACACUAGACCUCUCUUAUAAUAAUUUGACUGGAGGAAUUCCGGAAAACAUUAGAAGCUGUCUGAGCCUUGAAUUUCUCCACUUACAAGGGAAUCUUUUACAAGGUAUGAUACCUUCUUCUUUGGCUUCCUUGAAGGGUCUUCAGAUCCUAGAUCUUUCGGGAAACAAAUUGUCAAGCCAAAUUCCAAAGGAUAUGCAGAGACUUCAAUUUAUGAUAUAUUUGAAUCUUUCAUUCAAUAAUCUGGAGGGUGUGGUACCCCAAGAGGGAGUGUUUCAAAACAUCAGUGCAAUAUCAUUGGAUGGAAAUACAAAACUCUGUGGUGGUGUUCCGGAACUGCAACUACCACCAUGCACCAUCAAAGUAUCAAAGCAAAGAAAGUUGCAAGGUUUCAAACUGAAGCUCACUAUUUCUAUUGUCGCUGGAUGCUCCGUUUUGUUUGCUCUCAUGUUAGCUGUUUACUGGAGGAGGAAAACUCAGAAGACGAAACCAGUAUCUGAAGUGGCAUCAAACAACUCUUUUUCAAAGGUUUCAUACCAGACACUUCAUCAAGCUACUGGCGGAUUCUCUUCGAGCAAUCAAAUUGGAUCAGGCGGGUUUAGCUCUGUCUACAAAGGGAUUAUUGAUGAGCUAGAAAACAAUGCAGUUGCCAUAAAGGUCCUGAACCUUCAACAGAAAGGUGCUUCCAAGAGCUUUGUGGCAGAAUGCAAUGCACUAAGAAGUAUCAGACACAGGAAUCUUGUGAAGAUUUUAACAUGUUGCUCCAGCACAGAUUACAAUGGUAAUGACUUCAAAGCUCUAGUUUUUGAGUAUAUGUCAAAUGGAAGUUUAGAGGAGUGGAUGCAUAGAGAAAAUCAAUCAAGGAGUUUGAACCUUCUUCAAAAUCUGAAUAUUGCUUUUGAUGUGGCUUCUGCUGUGUGUUAUCUUCAUGACCAUUGUGAACCACAAAUUAUCCACCGUGACUUGAAGCCAAGCAACGUUCUUCUGGACGAUGAGAUAGUUGCUCGUGUUAGUGAUUUUGGGUUGGCAAGACUAAUCCCAACGACCGCAGACUCCUCUGAAAAUCAAAGUAGCACAGUUGGGAUAAAGGGAACAAUUGGCUAUGCAGCUCCAGAGUAUGCAGUUGGUGUUGAGCCAUCAGCACAAGGGGAUGUAUAUAGUUACGGGAUACUUGUGCUGCAAUUGUUCACGGGAAGAAGACCCACUGAUGAAAUGUUUGUAGACGGUUUCAAUAUCCAUACUUUUGUUAAGACGGGCAUACAAGGAAGGCUUAUGGAAAUUGUAGAUCCUACUCUUAUUACCACUUUAGAAGAAGAGACUGCAAUCUCAACAACAAACAAUGAUAUCGAAACUGAUGGAGGCAACAUUGACAAUCAGAAUUUAAACAGGAUGGACAGUUACGUGGGGAAGUGCAUACUUCCAACCCUUAAGAUUGGACUUGCAUGCUCGGAAGAAUCACCAAGGAAUAGGAUUUCUAUGGAGGAGGUCCUCAAGGAGCUACACCAUGUGAAAAUUGCUUACACUGCCAUUGGUGCUGACAUCCGUCGAGAGAGGCCAACAAGAAGCUAAAAGUGUGUGGCAUGGAAAGCAAGUUGUC